AUGCGGCCGGCCAGCAAGGCGGGACCAAUGAGCCGGUCGGACGCGCGCACGCCCAUUGAAUGCCCUUUCGCGCCUGUCAGUUUCGGUCUGGACGGAAGACCAGCUAUGGAAAAAUGGAGCUUAAUCACAAUUACUGUGUUACUUGGACUUAUUGCUCGAUGGACUGUAUCACUUGGUCCUUAUUCAGGUGCAGGAAAAGCACCUAUGUAUGGAGACUAUGAAGCUCAAAGACACUGGCAAGAAAUUACUUAUAACCUGCCAGUCAAACACUGGUAUGUCUUUAUUUCAAUUUAG